AUGGGACAAGGAGAAGAGGUAAACACCAGAAGCCCACCGGAGGUCGAGAUUCAGGAAAGAGGGGAGAUAUAUUUCUUUUACAGGCCUAAAGUAAAUAAGGAAGAAGCACAUAGCUCCGAUGAUGUGCAGCGGAUGUACAUAGUUUUAAGACCCGAAUCUGGGGAGACGCCCACUCAAGUCAAGCAGAAAGAUGAAGAAGUAGAAGAAGAGGAAAACGACCCACCACCUACUCAAGGUGGCCAUGGUUCCCAGGAGGUAAACAUAGAGAAGAAUUCACUCCUCCGGUUCAUUGUCAUGGGCCAGAAGAAGCUCCCGGAUCCAACCAAGAAGAGCAGGCCGCUUUGGGGCUUCGUAGAGUUGGUGACCACUAAGAUUGAGGAUGUCAAGGAUGCUCUUAAAGGAGGGGAAUAUGAUACUGCGAAGAGUGGACACAGGCACAAAGCUGCAGCAAGAGCAGUAGGGGAAGGCAUAUACCGCAUACUAAGGCAUCACAGCGGGAAGAAGAUGCACACCCAUCUGAUUUACAAGCUAGAAUUCCCAUCGGAAGAAGAGAAAAAUGAACCACAAGAGGCUUUAAACAUCGAGAAAGAGGCCUCUUUCCUUAUACAAAUAAAGAAUCCGACCCAGAAAGGACAGUUUAGGGGACUUAAUAAGAAGAAAAGAGCGGUGUUCCCUGCCCACCUGCAAGGACAGUUUGGGAAAUUACGCUACCAUGCUGCAGACCCUCCUGACUUUUUAAACUAUGAAGGUUGCGAGUUUUUGCUGAUAUCAGCAUCCGACGACAUAGAAGAAGAGCUUGGGUUGGAGUUGAAGAGCGAGGUUGAAGAGACACAGGAUGCUUCUUGCUCCGACCUUCUUAACACUUUUGGAGAGACUUCAUCCACAAAUGCCCUUCUCAAAGGGAUUUGGGUUUGA